AUGGGUGAUACUGGGAAUGACAAUGAGGAUUCCGCUUGUCCUACAAGUUUUACGCCAGUGAACAUGCAAAUACAACCACCAAAGGUGUCUGUUAAUGUCCAGCCUCUUUAUCAAACUGGUACCUCGGCACCAGUAAACUUUCCAGCAGGAUCGAGCACCAACCUUGGAGAUAAUCUAGCAAACCCUCAGGUCCCUGACUUCGACGGCGCAGCAGAGGUGGAAAAGAAAAAGGCUGAGGUCCCAAAACGAUUUGAGGAUCGAUGCAAAUGGUUGGAGGAAAAGUUCAAAGAGUUAGAGGAUGCUGAUCAUUACUGCGGAAUCGAUGCAAAGGAACUGAGUUUGGUCCCGGACUUAGUAUUUCCCCCAAAGUUUAAAAUGUCGGAGUUUGAAAGAUAUAACAGAACCAGCUGCCCUGAGGCUCACAUUACAAUGUUUUGUCGAAGGAUGAUGGAGUAUGUCAACAAUGAUCAACUGUUGAUCCAUUGUUUUCAGGACAGUUUGAGUGGGGCUGCAGCGAAAUGGUACAAUCAAUUGAGUAGGACCCAAGUCAAGUCGUGGAAGGACCUAGCUCAGGCCUUCAUGAAGCAGUACGGUCAUAUAACGGAUAUAGCACCUGACCAGAUCACACUCCAGAAUAUGGAGAAGAAGCCAAGUGAAAGCUUCCGGCAGUAUGCUCAGAGAUGGAGAGAGGCCGCUACACAAGUCCAACCACCGUUGCUAGAAAAAGAAAUAACCAUGCUCUUCGUCAAUACAUUGAAGGCGCCUUUCAUUACUCACAUGUUAGGUAGCGCAACCAAGAGUUUCGCGGACAUAGUAAUGUCUGGCGAAAUGAUAGAAAAUGCCAUAAGAUCGGGUAAGAUAAAAGUUGGGGAGAACACGAGAAGGUCAGCCCUGAAGAAAAGAGAGAAUGAAGUAGGUAAUGUGAGCUCAAGCUACGCAAAACCUGCCACUGUUAAUCAAUCAAGGGCGAUAGUCACAGUGGCUCCUUUCCACUUGGAGCCGUUGCAGCCCCCAUACCCUAAGUGGUAUGACGCAAAUGCUCAGUGCGAAUACCACGCAGGGAUUACGUGGCACUCGAUAGAAAACUGUACCUCGUUCAAAAGGUGUGUGGAAAGGCUUAUCAAAGCAGGUGUUGUAAAAUUCGAUGAUACACCUAGUACGGGAAAUCCGUUGCCCAGUCACACUGACAAAGGUGUAAACGCGAUAAUUGAGAAUAUGGGGAGGAAAGUCAAGCUGAAUAUCGUGGAGGUGAUAACCCCAUUGAAGCUAGUUUGGAAGGAAAUGCAUAAGAGAAGUUUAGUCCCGCAGGGGUUGAGGAAUAAAGUCCAAGAUACACGGAACUACUGUGAGUUCCAUUAUGAGAAAGAUCAUGAAAUUCAGAAUUGUAUUGAGUUCAGGGCUCUAGCACAUGGUCUAAUGGAUAAUAAAGAAUUGGAGUUCCUCGAGUCUGUCGAAGAGGAGGAUGUAUACUCUCUAGGAGGAGAGUCAAGUGAAGAAGGCUGCAGAGUUAGCCGUCCAGUGAUAAUUAUUUCGAAGCCCAUAGUUAUUGAAGUAGAAGCAAGAGUCACACCUAGAGUUAUAAUUCAGAGGCCAACAGCUCCCCCUUAUAAAGAUAGCCGUAGGGUGCCUUGGAAUUAUAACUGUAGUAUAGCAGUUUCAGAGAAAGAGGGUUCGAUUGACACACCAAACACAGAAGUCAAACCAGCAAAAGGGAAACCUGUCAUGCUCAAGCAAGAAAUCGAGAGAUCAGAACCACUGGUUAAUGAGCCAGUAAUAGAAAAUGAGGCCAAGGAGUUCUUGAAAUUCCUAAGACACAGCGAGUAUAGUGUUGUGGAACAAUUGCACCAACAAUCGGAUCGCAUAUCUGUAUUGGCUCUGCUGCUAAAUUCGGAGGUCCACCGCAACGCACUGAUGAAAGUGUUGAACGAAACCUAUGUUGCAGAUGACAUUUCGGUUAACAAAUUAGACCGUCUCGUCGGCAACAUAAGCGCUAACAAUUUCAUCUCAUUCAGCGAUGAUGAGAUACCUCUAAGGGGUAGGGGGUCUACUAAGGCUCUACACAUUACUACACGUUGCAAUGGGUAUACACUACCUGGAGUACUGAUCGAUAAUGGGUUCACAUUAAACGUAUUGCCUUGGUCUACAUUAAACCGUUUACCUAUAGACAGCUCCCACAUGAAGACACGUCAGAACAUAGUGAGAGCGUUUGACGGCACAAAAGGAAAGUGA